CUGGUGCGGGCCAAGGGCGCCGGCUCCGGCGCUGGCGUCGGCCUCGGCGUCGGUGUCGGCGUCAGCGUUGGCAGCGGCAGUCGCUACAAGGUGACCGCUCGCUGUGUGCCAGAAGUGAGCAUCACAUCGCCCACCAGCGUCAGCCAACAGCAGCAGCAACUACAACUGCAACAAGAACAACAUGAAGCACCGAACAAACACAUAACGCUGCUGCGCAGCCGGUCACAGCCAUCUGCUAACAGCAUUUUCUCGCCAGGCUUAGGCUUGGCCGCGGGCAGCGCCACUCUGGUCGAGGAGGAGGACUUCAGCUUGCUGUCAACGGAGCCAGUCACUUGGUCGGCCAGUGGCAGCGGCGCCAACAAGAAUGUGCUGCAGCGUCAGCUGGCGACAACCACGCAGCUAGAGGAGCAAGAGCAGCAGCGCCAGCAGCUGCACGAGCAGGAUCAGGAGCAGCAGCAGCAGCAGCAACAGCAACAGUCUUUGGGCGACAUUGAGCCGCCCAACGAGCUGACACCGCUGGUGGAGGAGCGCUGCGCCGCUGCCACAAUAACGGGCGCAAUACACAACCCGACGACCAAUAGCUACAGCCACAACUCGAAGACGACGCGCUCCUGGCCAGUUAUCUAUCGGAAUCCGCAUCACUGUGACUACGAGGCGCUCUACGUGCAACAGCCACCGGCACAGCCGUUAUCGCAGCCGUUCAAGCAGAACUGUUAUUCCAAUCAGUUCAAGCAAUCGAUUGUCUACUCCAGCAGCAAUGAGGAGCUACCGGGCGGACCAGAGCUAACGGAGGUCACGCCCCGACAAACCACAUGUUACUAUUUUGCGCCCAGUCGGCGCAACAGCAUUUAUGAGCAUCCCUCGUCCGUGGUGGGCGGCUCCUUGCAGUUUGACGCGGCCGGCAACGCAGCGACCACAGCGGCAGCAGCUGCCGCCGUCGAGAGUCUGAGAAGGAGCAACAGCAUCCUGCUCAGGCAGAACAGCUGCGCCAAGGUUAUACAGCGCAGGGGCAGCGGCAGCGCCGGCGCCGUCGCCUUGGAGACAUCCACAUCGCUCAGCUCACAAAUGGACGGCAUGGGCAUGGGCAGUGGAACUGGUGGUAGCGCCUGCUGCUCCAGCUGCUGCAUGGGCCCACCGCCCGUCCUGUUCCUCUUCGUCACGCUGCUAAUGACCACCAGCGCCACGGCCAUGUUAUGUGCCGCCAUCAUGACUGAUCACUGGGAGCACGUAACAUGGGAUCGCAACAGUCUGGAUCGUUACUCGAAUCGAUCGGGUCUGCAUCUGGAAUGGCUUCUGAAUGACCAGGUGGCUAUGCUUAAGUCAGAUAAAAGGGCUGAUCAUCGCUUUCGACGCGAUUCCGUUUUUCUGGUGCCAAUGCACGGCGGCAUCUGGACGCUGUGCAUCGAUCUGCCCAUUCAGCAGCUGCAGGAGCUGCGCCGCAAUCCAAAGUUUCCACGCGGUGCACCGCCGUGUGUCAACUACUUAGCCGGGUCCAUGGAGAACGCGCGCGGCGAGGAGCAGCGCAACGAUUGGCAGCACAGUGAGUCACAGGUCAUCACACUGCAGCCGCAUCUGAGAAUGCAAAACCUGUCCAUAUCCUGCUCACUCGUCUGCCUCAUCAUACUGGGCAGCGCCGCUUUGGUGGGCGCCUUUGGCGUCUGUCAGCGCCAAAUAAGCGCCAUCCUUAUUACGGGCGUCAUGUAUCUACUGGCGGCUCUGUUUGCGCUGUUCACGCUGAUGAUAAUACACUUUAAGCGGCAGCAGGGACGCCCGAUGUUGGACAGCGACUACGAUGGCACCGUCGAUGGGAUUGUGGCGCGACCGGGCGGAGUCGCUAUUAUGGCCAAACCGCUGCUGGGCGCUCGCGUAUUCUUAACUUCGUGGAGUCUGGAUCUGGGCUGGGGCGGCGUUGUGUUGUGCGCCAUUACGUCGGUGCUAUGGAUUCUGCUGUCAAAGAUCAUGCGGUAUAACCCCUUCUCGGCGCUCAUGAUUUAGCUAAACGCCCUGCCGCUCAGCGGCUAUGGCAGCUAUGACGGCUACUAUGGCAGCUACGGCAGCACCAACAGUAACAGCAGCAGCGGCAGCGCCAGUUUCCUGCUGGCGGGCGCCACAUCGUCGACGCGGCAAGCGGAGCAUAGGGGCAAAGGCAAAUACAUACUUUGAAUCUCCACUUCUCCCACUAAAAACUAAUCCCUGAUCUGUCUCUCUCGAAAUUCCACACUGCAUAUUAAACGGUUGAUUUCGAUUACUUUGAAUGCGCGCCCUCUACUCAGUUAUCAGUGUUGGAAAAUGUACCAAAAAUAUGAAACCGCAACAGAAUCAAUUGCCUUGUUCUUAUAUUAUACCGUAUACUUAUACUUAUACAUUAACUUAUACUUAUAAAACUAUAUCUUACACUUAUUGUAAAUCAAAUUUACGAUACUCUCUCUGUCUCUCUCUCUCUCUCCGUAUCUAUGCAAAUUUUGUAUACAUUAUAUUUAAAUACUGAGCAACUCUUACACGAAAGAACUCUACACACCACACAUUAUACAGGCCAUAAAAACAUUUGUUAUAUAGAAUUGAAAAUGUUCGGGAUCUAUUUACAAAUACCCAAACACGGCUUUUGCUUCGAAGCUCUUAUCUAGUAACAAUAUCGCUUGCAUAGCAAUUUCUAGCUUAUCACAAGUUAAUGGGCCGAAAAAUAAUGUAGUUCUGCGGUACUGUUGCUUAAAAAAAUAACAAAAUAAUACAAAAAAGAAUGGGUUAAACCAAUACAACUAUCAAAACUAUUCAUAGAGUGCUAUAAACUAUGGUUUACUAAACUUAUUGUAUUUGUGUAUUAAGAGCAUCAACUGAAAUAUGUUCUUAUAAAACCAACAAGUGUAUUUUUAUGCAAACGCUUCGCCUUAACAAAAAAAA